AUGGCGGUAAGAGUGACUCUGGCAGUGCUUCUUUUGCUUUUCUCCAUUGCUGAGGUUUCUUGUGAUCCCAAGAAUGAUGAAGAAAUGAGCCAUGUCAGCCAGGCAUUACAUGUGUUCGCUAGAGGCACAGAAAGAAGGCCAAUGCAUGACGUAGUGGUUCGGAUCUCGAAAUAUUUCAACAAAGGUCUAUCUCUGGCUCUGGCUCCAGCUCCUUCGCCACAUCCGAGCCACAUCAACUGCGAUGGAUUGUGCCACCAUAGAUGCAGUCUGCAUUCAAGGCCAAAUUUGUGUCUUCGAGCCUGUGGGACGUGCUGUGUGAGGUGCAAAUGCGUGCCACCGGGGACCUUUGGCAAUCGAGAGCAGUGUGGCAAGUGUUACACUGACAUGACCACCCAUAGGAACAAGACCAAGUGCCCUUAG